AUGGACCAAAGCGAGGGGGAGACGGAGAGUGACAGCUCCGCCUCUACCUCCGAGAGCAGCAAUGACUUGCCCCCUCUUCCGAAUAGCGAGGAGGAAGAAAGGAAAAAGUGGAAAGAAGCGCUAAACAUGUUGCAAUCGGAGAAAACUCCCAAGCGGUCUUCUGCGACCAUCCGCAAAGAUCUUGCGGAGAAAGCUGCGGCCGAGCUCAGGGCCAAGGGGGGAGAAGUUGGGAAAUCGUUUGAGAAGAAUCUCAAACGGGCUAGAGAGGAGGCCCCAGCCGUUCUCAAUAAAAUAAAAAAGUCUGCCUCUGCGUCAACUCCUGGCGCCUCAGCCGGGGCUAAGACGAUGCGGAUAGCGGGGCGACUCGAGAAGACGUCUAAAAUCCAGCAGUUGGAGCUAGAUCUAAAGGCGGCCGACCAGCGGGCAACGGAUGCUGAGACGGCCAAGAAAGGGGCGGAGGAGGCCCGGAAGAAGGCAGACGAGAGCGCCAAACAGGCUGAUGAGGCGCUCAAGAAGGCCCAGGCGGACCUUGGCAAACUGAAAACCAAGGUUGAGAGGCUGGAGAAGGAUGCUUCUCAAGCUCAGAAAAAAUUUGCAGCAACCCUAGAGGCGGAGCAAAACCGCCUUGUUGCUGAGAGUGAUGCUGACAACGACGCCUGUAUGAAGAUUGCUUGGGCUGCCUUGUACCCAGACGUUGAUUAUAGCAUCUGGGCAAUGGCACACAGCUAUGCCGAGUACGUGGUGUACUUGAGAGAGCAAGGUGAGCCAGAGCCUGCCUCCUUUGAAGCCUGGCUCAGCAACAAUGAGCCAACCGCGCCUGAGCUUCCUGGUCCCGGCGAAGCGCACCAAAUUCCCUCAGAUGAUGAGGAGAAGGGGGAGAACCAGGAGGCUCCGUCUGCAAGCCAGAAGUGA